GUUGACGUCUUCACAACCCGGAAGUUACACCCUGUAGUGCAGGACCAGCCAGCCAAUAGAGUAAAAAAACGCCUCCGCCAAUGAGUCAAACGAAGGACUGAGGUGAGAUUAACCAGGGAUCCUCAGCAGCAGUCCUGUUAGUAUAAAGGAAAAUAAUCGCAAUGGGCAGCACCGACUCAAAAUUGAACUUCAGGAAAGCAGUGAUUCAGCUGACAACCAAAACACAGCCAGUGGAAGCCACAGACGAUGCCUUCUGGGACCAGUUCUGGGCAGACACCACCACCACGGUCCAGGAUGUUUUUGCACUGGUGCCAGCUGCAGAGAUAAGAGCUGUUCGAGAGGAGUCCCCCUCCAAUUUAGCAACCCUCUGCUAUAAGGCCGUGGAGAAGCUGGUACAGGGUGCGGAGUCUGGUUGCCCCACAGAGAGGGAGAAGCAGGUGAUCCUGAACUGCACACGCAUCCUAAGCCGCAUCCUUCCCUACAUCUUUGAGGACCAGGACUGGAGAGGAUUCUUCUGGUCGACCGUGCCAGGUGCUGGGCGGGCUGGGACAGAUGACUUGGAUGAUGAUGACGGAGCACGACCGCUGGCAGAAUCACUGCUCCUGGCUAUCGCUGACCUGCUCUUUUGUCCUGACUUCACGGUGCACAGCCAUAGGAGAAGCCCUGAUUCAGUAGAAAACAUGCAGUCUAUAGACAGCUGUGAAUACAUCUGGGAGGCAGGGGUGGGCUUUGCACAGUCGCCCCCUCUAAACUACAUCCAUGAUCUGAAUAGGACAGAAUUGCUGAGAUUGUUACUAACCUGCUUCUCUGAGGCCAUGUACCUGCCUUCUUCAUCGGACAACAAUGUCCUCAACCCUUGGGUGACAUUCUUCUGCUCCACAGAAAAUAGACAUGCCCUGCCGCUGUUCACCUCACUGCUGAAUGUGGUGUGUGCUUAUGAUCCAGUGGGCUACGGCAUCCCUUACAACCACCUGCUUUUCUCCGACUACCGGGAGCAGCUGGUGGAGCAGGCUGUACAGAUCCUCAUUGUGACACUGGAGCAUGACGGAGGGCUUCCCCACCAGACCCCCUCCCCAUCCAGCAUGGAGGAACAAGAGUCUGCAGGCCCUGAGAACCUGUUUGUGAAUUAUUUGUCAAGGAUCCACAGAGAGGAGGAUUACGACUUUGUACUGAAGGGUUUAGCUCGUCUGUUGACCAACCCUUUGACUCAGACUUACCUGCCUAACUCUACCAAGAAGAUCCAGUUCCACCAAGAGCUGUUGGUUCUUUUCUGGAAGCUUUGUGACUUCAACAAGAAGUUCCUGUUUUUUGUCCUGAAGAGUAGUGAUGUGCUGGAUAUUCUGGUUCCUAUACUCUUCUACCUGAAUGAUGCCAGGGCUGACCAGUCCCGUGUUGGACUCAUGCACAUUGGAGUGUUCAUUUUGCUGCUGCUGAGCGGGGAGAGAAAUUUUGGCGUGCGCUUGAAUAAGCCCUACUCCGUCCAUGUGCCUAUGGACAUCCCAGUGUUCACAGGCACUCAUGCUGACCUGCUUAUAGUGGUGUUUCACAAGAUUAUCACCACCGGCCACCAGCGUCUCCAGCCUCUGUUUGACUGCCUACUCACCAUUGUUGUAAAUGUGUCUCCCUAUUUGAAGAGCCUGUCCAUGGUUGCAGCCAAUAAACUGCUCCACCUGCUGGAGGCCUUCUCUACCAGCUGGUUCCUUUUCUCUGUAGCCCAGAACCAUCACCUUGUGUUCUUCCUUCUUGAGGCGUUCAACAAUAUUAUCCAAUACCAGUUUGAUGGAAACUGCAACCUGGUGUAUGCCAUCAUCCGCAAACGUAAUGUGUUCCACCAGUUGGCUAACCUGCCCUCUGAUCCUGCUUCCAUCCAGAAGGCUUUGCAGAGGAAGAGGAAGUCUCCUGAUGUAAUUUCCCGCACUAGCUCACAGGAGACUGUGUCCAUGGAGGGCUCUCACCCUGCUGUGCCAGCAGAGCCGGGUACACUGAAGACUAGUCUGGUCGCUAUACCAGGCAUUGAUAAACUGACUGAGAAGUCCCAGGUGUCAGAGGAUGGCACCAUGGUGUCAGUUUCAAAGGGAGACCCCACACACACAGCCCACGCAGACCAAACUGCAGUUGCCGGGACCAGUGACACAGAGUCAAACUCAGGUCGAGAAAAUGAAGAUGUUUUCUACACUGAAUCAGAAAUGGAGAGAAGACGUUUGUCAAGUGCGUCUUCAACAUCAUUUUGGGCUCCCACACCAGAAUGGGUCCACUCCUGGAAGUGUAAACUACCUCUGCAGACUAUCAUGCGACUUCUACAAGUGCUAGUUCCCCAGGUGGAGAAGAUCUGCAUCGAUAAGGGUCUGACAGAUGAAUCAGAGAUCCUGAAGUUUCUCCAGCAUGGCACAUUAGUGGGCCUGCUGCCAGUCCCUCACCCUAUCCUCAUCAGAAAGUAUCAGGCCAACGCAGGCACUGCCAUGUGGUUUCGCACGUACAUGUGGGGGGUUGUCUAUUUGCGCAAUGUGGACCCUCCUAUCUGGUAUGACACUGAUGUCCGCCUUUUUGAGAUUCAGAGGAUGUAGACAGAAGACUACAAAUGGGACCGUUCAACUCCAGGGUUCCUCCCCCCUUCAGUAUGUGCUGCUUUCCCAAUAAACCUCCCUGUGUUUAACUCUCCACUGUAAUUAACCUCACAAUGCGUACAGCACCGACUUGGGUAGGAGAAUCACUUCGACGUGUGAGGUAGAGCUAUUGCUCAAGGUGUUUGAAUUAUCAAUAUUGCCCAUAAACUGUGUACAUUUCUAAAGACCAUAGAAUGUCUAGAGCGUUUCCUGACGACUGAGGCUCUUUUCUUGGCAGCAUAGAAGUGAACGCGGAUAUAAGUAAAUUUUGCAGCCAAACUUGUUUCCAACAGAGGCUUGUAAGAUACCCUGAAUGGCACAUUAUUGGUGUUUCGCAUUAUUUGUCGUACUUGCCAUACUUUGAAGUGAAUUGUUAUUAUGGUUGUAGUUUAUUUGAAAAUGUAACUACAGGAUUGGAGCCAAUUCUACAGAUUGUUUUUAUGUAUAUGACCAGAUUUAAGUUUGGAUCUGGCUGGCUGUGCUUAAUGUUGGAAAUUGUAUUUUACGUAAAUUACCCUGAAAUAUAUAUAUAUUGAUAUGCAUCUAAAAAA